GUACAAUUGAAUCAUUGGCGCCUAAACCCAUUUUUGCGUUGUAGUAAAUGGUUGGGCGGUAUUAUUUUGCUAUUUGUGGGCCUCAUGAUGAGGCAUUAUUUGAUUUAGAUUAUAAUUCACCAGGCAAAUCAACAGGAGAAAAGGCAGAUGAAUGUCUUCAUCUAAAUCAGUUUAUUGCACAUGCUGCAUUGGAUAUGGUUGAUGAUCACCUGUGGUCGAAAGCAGACACAUAUUUAAAAGUCGUAGACAGAUUCAAUGAAUGGCUGGUUUCUGCCUUCAUAACCCCUGGAAGACUUCGAUUCAUUUUACUUCAUGAUGAAUCGAAUGAGAAUCGUAUAAAGUACUUUUUUCAAGACACAUAUGAAGCCUACAUCAAGUUGGCACUAAAUCCAUUUUUUAGACGUGAAAAGCCAAUAACCUCAUCCAGCUUCUCAAAGCGAGUCCAACGGAUUGCAAAUAAACAUUUUGGUUGAUAUGAUUUAUAAUUUUUCAGUUCAUUCUAAGUACAUUUUUGUGAGUUCUUA